UUCACCGACAUGGAGACCAGCAAUUACAUCGAAAGUUGGCACAAUCAGCUCAAAACGACGUACCUGCAAAGUUUCAUAUUCUUGAAAGCAGACCGCAACAGACGUCUUGACCGCCUGGUAUACAUUCUUGUCAAUGACGUCCAUGAGGAUUAG